AUGGAUAAAGCGCAAUUCUUUGUGUCACCGACAGGCUCCCGGAGGGUUCGGGUUUGGACAAACAUAAGCAACCCCGAGAUAUCAAACGGGGAUGUAGAAGUGCUGGGGACGCAUGGCAUGAGUCCACUGAGUACACUUGGUUACAUAGGCAGGCUAUUCGAUCUGGCUGCCCAGGCCAAUCGCCCUUUGAUAUUUAGCACCGUCUUGUGCAACCACGAAUAUGACUACGAAUUUGAAACACAACUGCUGGGAUGCUUCCCCAACUUCGCCACCCACCUUUUCGUGGUUGUUUAUGAAUGGAGCACAUGGGGACGAGGCACGGUUAUUCUCCUGAACACCACCGACAAUAGAUUCGUGACGUUCAGCUUCCACGAGUGCGUACCAGAGAAGAUGGGCGAGUUUUGGUCUAUCGAGCGACGACAAGACCGUGUCGCCAAGUUUGAGCAAUGGGCGUUUCUUGAUCUUGAUGCUACCUUCUCAGGGUGGCCAACCAUCCGGACCAAUGCGCGGCGCGAGCUCGCUCGGCGGCAUGCUUCUCUGUACUCCAGCGCCAAUGCCGUCGCUGACCUCGACAUAGCACGCAUCAUCCAUCAAGACAUGGCCAACGUCAUCGCCCUACGCCAAGACCUGUGUCUGUUCAAUGCAGCCUACGCAAAGUAUAGCCAAAUCCUGAAUGUCCCCGAAUAG